AUGGAUCCCUUUUCCGUGACCGUGGGUGCUGUCGGCCUUCUUGACUUUGCGAAUAAAGUCACAAAUGGACUCAUCGACCGAUACCAAGCAUUCAGCUCAGCUCCAAGGCAAAUGCUCGAAAUUGCAGAUCAAAUUACCCUUUGUGCUGGCUUGGUGGAUGUCUUUGCUAAAAGCGUGGAUGGAACUGGAAAACAAGAUUUUCCUCGCAAGUUCAAGGCCGAUGCUGCAGGAUUGAUUACGCAGUGUUAUAGCAUCCUAAAAGAAAUCGAAAAAAUGAUACCUCAUGGGUCCCAGAAACCCGGAUACACAGAACGCCUAAAAUACGCCUUUAGCGACGAGAAAAAGAUCAAACAACAACAAGAAAAGCUUAAACAAGUCCAGCACAUGCUUAUGUUUAUGACCACCUGCUGGAUGUAUCAACUCCCUAAUCAACCUAAGGAGCCUCAAGUCAGUUCUUCUGCUGGACAGAUUCCAUUCGGCAGUUUCUCUGGUUUCAUGCAGCAACUUCCACUAGAAAUUAACAUCAAAGACCCGAAUGCUAGUUCCGCACAGAGCAUGGGAUACGAAGCAACACUAACUCUGAAACCCAUCGAACCACCGACUGGUUGUCAAGGCAAAGAGCAAGAGCUUAAACAGUCACGUGAGCGUAUGGAUGGUAGGAAGUUAAGAGGAAGUUCCAGGAGUAGAGAAACCAACAAAGCCUUGUCUAUGUAUGAGAAGCAAGCACUGGAAAACAUGAGAAGGAGUUCUUAUUUUUCGGCAAAACUACUCAAACCACCUUUUACAGUACAGCGCACUUCGUUCAAUUUAGAUCCUCCAAACCGGGACAGAUCUGAGAGAGAUCGCAAGGAGGAACAUUCGGAACAAAAGAGGACUGAAUUUGCAAUGAGAGGAAGUGAAGAUGAAAUGCCUAAUUCAUUGAUGACCAAGGAACAAGCAGCGAAGGGAGUUGAGAACAUACUCUCAGAAUGGUUUGACGACGACUCCGAACUCUCAGACAUGGAAACAUAUCACACGCCAUCCCAAAGCCCCGAUGAAAGUCGUCCAGGCCGCAAAGGCUCAUCGCCAAACACACGUCACAUAAUUAUGGUCGAGCCCGCUCCAUCAACAUCUCCAACCCCGCGCAAACUUGAUCCAUCACCUAGUGGAGGACUUUCUUCCAGCGAUACACGCCCUUCGCCAAAAAUCGGUCGACGUCGAAGUUGGGACUGGCAGUGUGACGGGUGUCAGAAAACGCUGUUUUACUCGGAUCUGCGAUACAAAUGCAGAGAUUGUGAUAACUUUGACUUCUGUCCUCAUUGUUACGAUGAUAUCUGGCAUCGACAUCCGAAAUCUAGUUUUAGAGCCAAGCAGGAACUUGUGGAUAAAUUCUGA